GACUUCCCUCCUGUCAUGGCCCCCAAGCGCCAGUCCCCGCUCACCCCUCCGACCAAGAAGCCCCAACAGUCUCCAGCCCCCAAGUCCAAGGCGGCAUCCGCCUCUCCGGACCUGCCCAAGGGAGAAAAAGAACAACAAGAAGCAAUUGAACAUAUUGAUGAAGUACAAAAUGAAAUAGACAGACUUAAUGAACAAGCCAGUGAGGAGAUAUUGAAAGUAGAACAGAAAUAUAACAAACUCCGCCAACCAUUUUUUCAGAAGAGGUCAGAAUUGAUCGCCAAAAUCCCCAAUUUUUGGGUAACAACAUUUGUUAACCAUCCACAAGUGUCUGCACUGCUUGGGGAGGAAGACGAAGAGGCAUUGCAUUAUUUGACCAGAGUCGAAGUGACAGAAUUUGAAGAUAUAAAAUCAGGUUACAGAAUAGAUUUUUAUUUUGAUGAAAAUCCUUACUUCGAAAAUAAAGUUCUCUCCAAAGAAUUUCAUCUGAAUGAGAGUGGUGAUCCAUCUUCAAAGUCCACUGAAAUCAAAUGGAAAUCUGGAAAGGAUUUGACGAAACGUUCAAGUCAAACACAGAAUAAAGCCAGUAGGAAGAGGCAGCAUGAAGAACCCGAGAGCUUCUUUACCUGGUUUACCGACCAUUCUGAUGCAGGUGCAGAUGAGUUAGGAGAGGUCAUCAAAGAUGAUAUUUGGCCAAAUCCCUUGCAGUACUACUUGGUUCCUGAUAUGGAUGACGAGGAAGGGGAAGGAGAAGAAGAUGAUGAUGAUGAUGAAGAAGAAGAAGGGUUGGAAGACAUUGAUGAAGAAGGGGAUGAGGAUGAAGGUGAAGAAGAUGAAGAUGAUGAUGAAGGGGAAGAAGGAGAGGUAAAGAGAAGUAGGCUAAGCCCAGAAGAUAAUCUCCAAAAAGAUGACACCAUGUUAUUAUGGGGUGUGAUGGGUAGUAGGUGUGGUCUGUACUGACUGUGGGGGAGGACACGCUGUUUUGCGGG